UUGACAACAACGGCAUCUUCGGUUUGUAUUUAAUGUAUUUAUUCUUGUCUUUGAGUCUGUGAUAUCCCGGCAUUUCUAUUUAAUCGGCAUUCCACCUCUUCUCGCCGUUUCGUUCCCCCCAAAUCCAACCCUUUGCCCCGCCACUCCAUCCGCGCCGCAUAGUGAUAUCCCGCUAAAGGAUAUCUGGAAGGAGUUUGGAAGCCGGCUUCAGCUGCGGGAUCACCAACAUGGCAUCGCACGUGGUGGUGAUUGACUCUACAGCUCGAAGAGCCAUCGUCAAGGUCACGCCGGCCAAGCAUCUCAGCGAUGUCUUAGGAGAAGCGUGCGCAAAGCUAGGUCUCGAUGCUACGCAAUAUGGCUUGAAGCAUCAGAAGAAACAGGUGGAUCUCUCACUCUCCAUCAGAUUAUCUGGCCUCAGCUCCGGGGCCAAGCUCGAACUUGUACAGCUCUCUCGUUCACCUUCAGUCGUCUCCAUCGCACUCCAACUUCCCGAGUCAGAGGCGAAAGGCGUGCCCGGUGGUCGGCUGACGGAUAAGUUCCCAAGCAGCACCACUCUCUGGCUCGUACUGCGCAAGUUUGAAUCUGGGGUGGCAGGAAAUGGAACGACGAGAAACCUAACCGCGCGGGGAGCUCCAAACACGACAUCGGGCACAUCCGGGUCGGGAAGGCUGUUCUAUGAAACUCCCGUGAUCCAACUUGUAGGAAGAGAGCUUUCUUCUUUUACAGACCUUCAGAGGACCCUGGCUCAGCUGGGAUUGAACAGCGGAAGUGCUCUCCUCAGGCUGAGUUUUCGCACCACGGACCGACCCCUGGAAGAGGCUAUGAGCGAGAUCGAUGCAUAUUUCAAGUCUGUUGAUGCCGAGGAGACGCCGCUAGACAAGUCUCCACCAGUUUCCGAGACUCGCAUCUCUUCUGGAACGGGAGAGAGCGCACGUGAGACAACGUCGCAAGCUACUCCGUCCAACACCGAUCUUGUGGCUGCGGGAAGCGCAGCAAUUGUGCCUGAGUCAUCACAAUCCGUCUCAGAAGAACCGCAGCACCCUCUUGUAUCAUCUCGACCGGUUACAAUUUUCGCUCCCCCAUCAAGUACAACCCCUCAAUCGGCUCAAACACCAUAUAACGAAGAAGAUUAUAUACCUACGGUUGACCAUGCGAAGGCGCAUCAGCAUCGACUGAACCUGGCUGGUCGUAACAAACGACUAGCAGGAGACGCCGAACUCGCCGCACAAGAGUCUGCGGUCAAGGAGAAGCUAGCCAAAGUCACAGAAGUCGACGUUAAAGUUCGAUUUCCAGAUCAAAGUCAGGUGGUGUCUAAAUUCAACCGAGAGGAUACGGCUGGAUCACUGCAUGCAUUUGUUCGAAGCUGUCUUGACGCUCCUCUUGCGAAAGAGGAAUUUUCUCUCUCCUUCUUCCCCAACGUCUCGCACGAUCCCGUUGCACACAAGGGACAGGUAAUCAUUCCCGACACACCCGAUAAAUUCCUCAUUGCAGAUCUCAGAAUGAAUGGCCGCGUCCUGGUCAACUUUUUGUGGAAAGAUCACGCUGCCCUCGCCGCGCGCAGCGCAGGAGUUCCCCUACUUCUCCCCGAGCUCAGGGAAAAGGCGAGCCAGAUCAAAGUUAAAGACGUCGCCGCCGUCCCGGCGGAGGGCCGCGAAGAAGACAAGAGAUCAUGGCUGAGGAAGCUCGGGGACGGGGGUGAUAAGGGUGGUAAGAAAGGUGGCGGAGGUGGUGUCCCGAAAUGGUUGAAGUUACCUGGGAAGAAAUGAAUAAAACAAUAUAAUAAUCCCUUACAGACGGGGAUAAGACUUUUUUUUUGGCUUAUUAUUUCUGUUGCCGCGAUGAAUUGGUUCUGAUGACUUGGGAGUUUCACGACGGGGUAUGGUUUUGUUAUGAAUGCAUGAUUUGUACACUUACAGAAAUGAACAAAAUAGCCUACAUUAGAUUGGCGAGCUCGCUGAUA